UCCCAUGCACCAUUCAAUAUUUACACUGUUUCUGGACUGGACCUCCACCUCCUUCGUCACCAUGUGCGACUCGAAUGCUCCUGCUCUCCCCGUCGCCAUGUGCGCCAUUAUGAAGGUCUUUGACAAAUAUGCAGGCAAAGAGGGGGACACAGACAAACUGUCCAAAAACGAAAUGAAGGAUCUGAUCCAAGCUGAGCUGAGUCCGAUGAUCAAGGAUGCACAGAACCCUGGUCAAGUGAAUGAACUGUUCAAGUGCAUGGACGCUAAUGGAGAUGACCAAGUGGACUUCACUGAGUUCAUGAUUGCUCUGGCAGUGUUCACUUGCAUCUGUCACGGGAAGGAUGUGGACAUGUCCAAAUGCAAGUGAGCCAUCACUCCACACCUGAGGACGCUGCAGGGACAUCACAUACUUACAGCACAUGUUUCAUGGUGUUGUUAAUUAAUAAA